CAGCUGUGUUGCUUUCUAUCUCGCGCCUUCGCCUGGGAGCAGUCCAUCUUGCCUCACAUAUCGCUGCAGUUAUCCUCCGCCAGCGCGCCGUCUGUGUUGGUGUAGUAAAUAAUGGCGGCAUCGGGAGGCGGAUUACCAUCUCCCGCUACUCCUGCCGGUUCGAGCAUUCAAACGCUGGCCCGGGCUCGCUUCCCUGGCCGACCGUGCACAGCUCGCAGCAGGCUCAGGUCGGAGAAGCGUAUCAAACGCGGAAGGUUGGGCUCGGACGAUGGGGAACUGGCUGCCGGAGGGCCGAGGCCCGUCAACAUCGGCCUCGCGUUGAGCGACGACCCGUCCUUGCUUCGCCUGCUCGGGUUGACCGAGAAGCACAGGCGGCAGAAAGAUGCGGGGUUCGACUCCAGCAACAGCGAAGAGGAGGAAGAUUUCACAGGAUUUGGGACCACAACUGUUCGUCCACAGAAAUCAUCACAGCCAUUGUUACUAAGCCGAACAAAGUCUUCUCAAGAUUCUGACCUGUCUCCAGAAGCAAAGCCUCUCAUUGGACAAAUUUUACCAAAGACCCCCAAACCAUCUCUUGUUGGAAAGAUUGUUCCACGACUUUCUAAAGGAAGCCAAGGUGCUAAUGACAGCCCAGAAAAAGUCAAAGAAAUCUCCAGGGUUGUAAUUAAACUACAUGGAAAGAAUGAAGCCCUCACUGCAAAAGCUAAACUUGCAGACAGUACAAAAUCAGCUGGCUUUUUCAGUAAAACAAGAAAAACGGCAGUCUUGGGCAGCAUACAAAAUCAAACAGUUGCCACCUCAGCUGGUGACAGUAAGCAGGAUAAGGUGGCGAGUGCCCUGACCUCAGUUAAAGGUACAGGAAAAACUCCAGAGGUCAGGGAAAAGGGUGAGGUGUCAGAGGACUCCGACACAGACCAAGCACAGCCGCAAAGGUCUGUGAAACGAAGGAGGGGAAUUCAACUUGGGCCCACCACCAGACGGACCACCAAAACAGGUGCUCUGUUAUUUACAUCUUUACACAAAAGACAGAGAAAAAGACGUACCAGGAAAAUGGGAGUCUCUCCUGAGGCUGGUGCCCAGAGUGAAGAAGAGGCAGAAAUGCCUCUUGAGUGUAAAGCAGCUGAUUCCUCUCCAAGAAAAAAACGUGGAAGACAACGUAAGUCUAUGUAUGGACACAGGCGAAAGCCACCACCAGCCAUCAAAAAACCAAAACGGGGUCGUACUAGAUCUAAACGUGUUUUUUACACUUAUGUUUCUGAACCCAUUAACACAACAAUGCAAGAUGGGACCAAGCUGCAGGAUCAGGACAUCACUGCAUCAGAGGGUGAUUCAAACUCGUUCACACAAAACAACCAGCAAAGCUCCAAUGACUCUGUUGCUCCUGUAACGAGUGCUCGUUCCUCCCGCGUUAUUAAAACCCCGAAGAGGUUUUUGGAUGAGGAGGUAAUUUCUUUUCCAAAGGGCUCACUGUCAACGUGGCUGAAGACCCAGCAGAGAGAGGACGAAAAAGCAAGCACAUCACUUUAUGACUCAGGUUCUGAUGGCAACAUGUUACAGUCAGAAAGUGACCGUUUAUCGAUGCUUAACAGCCCAUCUGUGGCUGAGUUCUCGUCAAAGCCGAGCCCAGGAACAAGUCAUCUCGAGCUCUACAAGAACCUUAAGAAACUGACAUUGAAACUUGCAGAGAAAAAGAAAGUCCAGCCAGAGGCUCAGGAGGAAAAUGUGCAUGAUGGUGACAGCUUGACAUCUCAUGUCAGGAAACGGAGGCGGUCAAAGCUUAUGAUGGAGGAGAUGGACUCUCCUGGUGUCGUGAGGAAACUAUCUGUGGUGGUUAACACUGAUUUGGAAGCACCCACACAUAUGCCUUUCGAAGAAAUUGGCAACAAUAAUCAAGCAGAAGGCAUAAGUGGAGACAGCCAAGAGACAUUAGAAGUCAGUGGGCCCAGCCAUCGAGUUGGCCUCAGUGGCGCUAAUAAGAGGAUGCUCCACCUGCUGAAGAAAGCCAAAGUCCAGCUGAUUAAGAUUGAUCAGCAGAAGCAGCUCAAGUUGUCACAGUUGGUAUCUGGUCAAUCCCAAGUGCCAGUAACUGGAAGACGAAGGAGGAGGAGAAGAGUGUCUCCCACAGAUGUAAAACCUCAGGAGCAGCCACUGGGUGGUCCAAGGAUCAAACAUGUCUGUAGAGCAGCAGCAGUGGCUUUGGGGCAGCCUCGUGCGAUGGUGCCAGAUGAUAUUCCCCGACUCAGCGCCCUGCCACUUCACGAGAGAGAGGGCAUCACAUUUCCUCCCACAGCAGAAGAUGUGGCAGAUGAUGACGAUGACGUCUCUGAUCAGGGCAGGGCUCAGUGGGUUGUCUCUCAGGAAAACAUCCGGAGGAGGGGCCGAGGAAGAGGCCACAGGUUCAGAAGGAACAGAAUCCUGAGCCAGUAUGGACCGCGUGGACUUCGAUCCCGGCGCUGUGGAGAUUGCAGAGGCUGUUUGAUAGAGGAGGACUGUGCUAAGUGUAUCAACUGCCUCGAUAAGCCCAAGUUCGGGGGACCCAACACCAAGCGACAAUGUUGCAUAUACAAGAAGUGUGAGCGGAUUGAGAAGGCAAAGACUGAGCGCAUACUCAAACCGUUCAAACUCCAUACGAGGCGGUUUUCAGCCUCUAUGUCAAGCAGUGACGAUGGAAACUGGAGAUCAGUCGAUGCCGACAAGGAAUUGCCCACGCUGGGGCUGGGGGUCCGGAAGCAGUCUCUGCGUAACAUUGCACCCCGCUCCUACAGCAGUUUGCUUAAAUCUGAAUCUGAGGAAGAAGAAGAUGAGAAAGAGGAGAAGACGGCUCCCAAGUCAACUAUCAAGCCAAAUGAAGCUGAUUCAGGCAAGCAAGAUUCUCUUCCUCACGAUGGCGGUUCAGCACAGACUGACCCUCCAGUUGAGACGGUUAAGCAUCGACGUCUCUUUUCCAGGGGAGCUGGGACCAGACCUAGAGCUUACAAGAAUUCUGCAGAGGGUGCAUCAGUGAACACACCAACGGGGUUAACUAAUGGAUUUCCCCACAAGGGUGUGUUGCAGAACAAGUACAAGAUCCGUGUAGACUUCAAGGAGGACUGUGUAGUCCAGAAUGUAUGGCUGAUGGGCGGACUUAGCGUCCUCACAUCUGUCCCCACUACACCACAGCCUGUCUGUCUGCUCUGCGCAAGUAAAGGACACCAUGAGAUGAUAUUCUGCCAGAUCUGCUGUGAGCCUUUCCACAGUUUCUGCCUUUCAGCAGAGGAACGCCCUAAGGAGGAGAACAAAGAGAACUGGUGCUGCAAGCGCUGCAAAUUCUGUCACGUAUGUGGACGUAGAAACAAGAGCUCAAAGCCUGUGCUGCAGUGUCGUAGAUGUCAAACCUCCUACCAUCCCUCCUGUUUAGGACCAACAUACCCUAAACCUGUAAAUUGCAGCAUGCCCUGGGUGUGCAUGACAUGCAUUCGGUGUAAAAACUGUGGCGUGACCCCUGGAAAGACGUGGGACCUGUCUUGGAAUCAUGAGCACGAUCUCUGUCCCGAUUGCACUUUGAGCCACAACAAAGGUAAUUUCUGCACUGUCUGCCACAAGUGUUACGAUGACGGCAAACAACACGCACAGAUGAUCCAGUGCUCCAAGUGCAGCCACUGGAUUCAUUAUAAAUGUGAAGGACUCUCAGACGAACUGUUUGGUUUGCUGUCAAGCCAACAAAUAGAGGAGGUUUUCACCUGUUCACCCUGCAGCCAGCACAGAACUAAUCACAGCAGCUUGAAGGAGCAGCUGCAGAGCCGGCUGAUAGCCGGGAUCGAGGAGGUGCUCACCAGCCUCCUCUGCCAUGACAGAACACAGCACCUCCACAUCUGUAACACAUGUAUGGAAACAAACUCAGGGUUUGGGAGGGAAAAAUGGCCAGUCUGUGACCUACAAGCCAUAGAGACGAAGUUUAAAGCGGGCGAUUAUACCACAAUUAAAACCUUUCAUGCUGACAUCGUCUCUGUGAUGAAUAAGUGGCUAAAGGUGGAGGAGAUUGUCCCUGAGGAUCAGAGACCAACAACUCGGGCGAGGACACACUACAUCGAACUGAUGGAGCAGGUUUUCAGCUGGUUUCCUGUACACCGUCUCAAAAAGUGGAACUCAUUCUCUCAGGACUUCCCAAGCAACAUGCUUCCUGAGGCAGUCCUCCCACCAUCUAAGGAGCACAGCUAUGCACAGUGGCUGGAGAGGACAUACCAGGCUAAAGAGUCCAGGGGCCCACAGGCAGGGAAGACUCCGCUAUCCUCACUUCCUACACAGCAGCCUGGUGCUUCAAACAGCCUCCCUCUGUGUUCAAGUGAUGAAAGAAGUGAUUCGAAAAAUGCCAAGACUGACGAUAUGAGGCAGUGCGCACUGUGUCAACAAUAUGGAGAUUCGACUCCCAGCGAGGCAGGACGGCUGCUGUACUUGGGGCAGAAUGAGUGGGCCCAUGUUAACUGCUGCCUUUGGUCCGCAGAGGUGUAUGAGGAUAAGAGUGCUCUUUUGCAAGUUCACAGUGCCGUCUCAAGAGGACGUCACUUGAGAUGUGAUCGUUGUUUGCAGUCAGGAGCAACUGUGGGCUGCUGUCUUGCCACUUGCCAGAGUAAUUUCCACUUCAUGUGUGCUCGUGCAGAAAACUGUGUGUUUCAAGAGGACAGGAAAAUGUACUGCUACAAACACAAGGAUCUUGUUAGUGCAAAGAUGGUUUCUGGGAAAGGUUUCGAAGUGGCACGACGGGUGUAUGUGGACUUUGACGGGAUCAAUCUAAGGAGAAAGUUUCUCACAGGCCUUGAGCCAGAAACCAUUAACAUGACAAUAGGUUCCCUGCAGAUUCAGAAGCUUGGUGUCUUGUCAGAGCUGUCAUCCAAUGGCAGGAUGCUCUAUCCUGUUGGUUAUCAGUGUUCUCGCUUGUAUUGGAGCACUGUGGACCCUCGUAGGCGCUGCAAGUACACCUGUAAGGUGACUGAAGUAAGCACACCUCUACCUGGGGAGGAACAGGAUCCUCAAUGGGACCAAGAAGAAAACCACACUAUUGUCCACAGUCCACACCACCACCACCACCGAGAUAAGGAGUCUCCGGACCGUUUAAGCUCCUCAUCCAGCCCACUAAAGUCUGCUACUCCAUCACCCAACUCUAAACAGCAGUAUAUGACUGGAUCGAAAAGUCCUGGUUACACACAGACCAGGAGACCAGCAGGAGGAUCCUCCCGACCUCUCCCAUCUCCAGGGUCCGCCCUUCCCAAAUCACAUCACGUCCUCACAUUGAGAGAUCUGGAGGACACCCGUCGGCCGCGAAGGCUCUCCUCAAGAAGCCGCUGCAGUUCUUCACCAACAGACAGCGACCCGUCUGCACCUAUGACCCUUCGCUCUGGGGGCACUGUCCACUCCAGAUGUGCCCUUUUCAGCUCCCCUCCCAGAUCAUCAAACCUUGGACCAGCUUCACCUCCUCUGUCUCAACAAAACUCAACCUCUCCAGUUUGGAGUUCCCCACCUAGGUCCAACUCCAGCAUGUCUGCAGGGUUGUCGCCUCGGCAAGGUGCCAUCACUCACUCUCCCCGAGGCAGGCAGAACUUCAAAAUCACCACUCCAAUUUCUGCUGAGGUUCCCCAAGACUUCUUGGCAUCGUCUGAGGCAGAGGAUGCAGCUGUAGCCACGACAAAUGGUAUCUCACUAGCUCCUGACAACUUGGAGGAGGAGGUUGCCCAUUUAAUGGCGCAAGAGCUACCCUACACCGUGUUUGACACUGACACAGAGGUGGCAGUGGCCUCCAUGUUGAAUGCCAAGCUUGAGUUUGAUGAGACACUCCUCACUGAAAAUGUACUUCAUUGUGGAGCACAAGGUGAGAGGGGACAUGUGGAAGGUGCAGUGCAGGAUGUGGUAAUGCAAGAAAAUGCAAAGGAAAAUGAAUCUGAAGAUGAAGACUCCAGUCGUUACUUUAAAUUUUCCCGCACAGUAGUGUGUGAUGCAGGUAAAGGCUCAGAAGCUUCAGGUCAGCCCCCUUCAGCUCAGUCAAUCUCACAGUUAGAUGGAGCAGAUGGUGGGUCAGAGAGUGAUGAAAGUGACUCAGUAGAUGAUUGUGAAGGCAAAAAACAGGAAAAGACUAAAGUUUACAUAAAUCAUAACACACCUACGAAACACCUGACGGUUGCGCUAAAGAGGCUGGAGUACAAGGUGUCAACAUCGACAGAAAAAACGACUCAGCCAGUUUUUAAAGAAAAAGAAGCUUUACCCUCAACUCUUCAAUCUUCUUGCACAGAUGAAAUCUGUGAGGAGGAGAUCCAAAGGGACUCUGAAACACCAGCACCUCAUAAUGAGCAGUUUUUGGAUUCAGCUUCGGGCCAUUUUGUUUCAAUGGAUCAUGGCUCUGUAGUGUACCCAAGCAAAGAUGAAAAUCAGGAUAAGGAUGAGACCAGUUCAUCAACUGAGUCAGCUGAGGAAUUUAAAGAUGAUUUGACUGAUCCGGACUACUCUCCAGAGCCUCCCACAAAAAAAUCCCCCACAACACCCAUAAAAGCCAUCAUUUUGAAGUCAAAACAUCCCGCAACAAACCUCAAGCGCUUGUCACCAAAAUCAUGUUUUCAACAGCAGCCUAAUGUCAAAUUGCUGUUGGCCCCUAAGUCAUCAGGGCCUGCAAACAAUGCGUCCGCCUCCACUGCCACCAGUUUCUGCACGGUCACGUCCCCCGUCGUGAUCAAUGGCCUGAGUGCUUUACCUAUUCAACCCAGUGCCACACGGGGCAGAAGCAUUGCCAUUCGUUUAGAAAAGCCAGUAAGUCAACCGCAAGUGGCGAGUCCCAUUGAUGCCGCAGCACCUAAUACAAACCCAGCUUUGAUUCCUUCACCUCAAGUCCUGCUGGUCAACAGACAGGGUCAGAUUCUCAUCAAAGACCAGAGGUCAAACACAUACCAGCCACUUGGUACAGAUUCUCCUGCCUACAGUAAAAUAAGCCAAAUAGCAAAGAUUCUUCAUAGCAGCAGUGCACUGCAACGCCCACUCCCUCAUGUGAAGCCUCAGCCCAGUCCCACUGCCACAAAUGCUUCUCCUAUCUUAAAUCACACAACAGCUGAUAGGAAAAUUAUUGUCAGAGUAGUUUCAAAUAAAAGCAGCGAGUCUCCAACUCCCACGGUUCCAGUCAGUGUUCCUGAGCCUGUCGUCACCAGCAUCCAAGAAUGCACAGCUCAGGCUAUUAUUGACCGAGCCAUGGCUACGCACCGUAGUGUGGAGCGCACAAAGCCCAACAUCCUCAGCAGCACAAAAAUGGCAAAGGCCAGACCUCAGCAGUCAGGAGACUCUGUUCAGCCACCAGGUUCAAAUACAGAGUCACCCAGCGGCAUCACCAAGGAGCCGGAUUCUACCCUGCAACCAGCACCUGCUCUGGCACGCUCCCAGGUCCGCAUCAAAAGGGUGUCGUCCCUGUCUGAGAAGCCUUCCAGGAAGAAGUCCAAGAUUGACUUCUUGAGUGAUCCUUCAGCUGACCUGGAUAAAGCCAAUGAAGCCAGAACUAGUGGCGUAAGAAUGAAAGCUCCAUCAACAAAAGACAUUCUUGAUCUUGACCAGGAGCAUGUGCCUGAGCCUCAGCCGUUAAAGAUUACUACUCCACCACCACCCAUACUCGCCAGGCGUCCACAUGUUGAGAGUGGACCCACAUCCACACAAACCAACCCUCCGACUCAGGCUCACAUGUGGGUCAGCAAGCAACAUGGAGACCUUUCUGAAUGGGGCCCUUAUUCAGGUUUCAGCUCAGACGAGGAUUUGUCUGCACCUAAACAUUUAAAGAGGACUUAUAUAAAUCAGCCCCACCUGCGCUUUGAAAUCACCAGUGAAGAUGGAUUUAGCGUUAAAGCAAACAGUAUAGAGGUUGCCUGGCGGGCAGUGGUUGAAUCCGUCCUAGAAGCUCGAGCAGGUUUCCACCUGAAGCAGCUGCCUUUGGGUGUGAUGUGCGGGCCGCGGGUGCUUGGUGUCAUCCACGAUGCCGUCAUCUUCCUGCUGGAGCAACUCCAGGGCGCCGCGAACUGCAAACGCCACCGUUUUCGCUUCCACCGCUGUGACGACAUUGAGGAAGAGCUUCCCCUCAACCCAAGUGGCUGUGCCCGAGCUGAAGUCUACACACGGAAAGCAACAUUUGAUAUGUUCAACUUCCUGGCAUCACAGCACAGAGAGCUCCCAGACAUAACAGGCCCCUUUGAUGAAGAGGAGGAUGAAUUCCCACUGAAAUCUUCCAGAUUGGGACGAGCCACAAACAGUGAACUUCCCAUGGCAAUGAGGUUCAGGCACCUGGAGAAGAUCUCCAAAGAAGCAGUAGGAGUUUACAGAUCGCAAAUUCAUGGGCGAGGCCUCUUCUGUAAGAGGAACAUCGAUGCUGGGGAGAUGGUGAUAGAGUACGCCGGCACGGUGAUCCGCUCCGUCCUCACUGACAAACGAGAGAAAUAUUACGACGGCAAGGGCAUCGGCUGUUACAUGUUCCGCAUCGACGACUUCGACGUGGUGGACGCCACCAUGCAAGGCAACGCCGCCCGCUUCAUCAACCACUCGUGCGAGCCCAACUGCUACUCGCGCGUCAUCAACGUGGACGGCCGCAAGCACAUCGUCAUAUUCGCCCUGAGAAAGAUCUACCGCGGCGAAGAGCUCACCUACGACUACAAGUUCCCCAUCGAGGACGAGGACAGCAAGCUGCACUGCAACUGCGGGGCGAGACGCUGCCGCCGCUUCUUGAACUAGCCCAAUCACCCCCCACCACAUACCAAUAGCCACCCCGUUUAAUGGAUUUAAUAUUCAGUGAAGGCAAAUUGUGAUGUAGCUAUAAGACUGAGGUUGCGCAAGCUUGGAGAAAGGCAGAAUCUUUUCUUCCUCUGUCCUCUGAACCUGCUGUACGCGAAAGCUUGGGAUGAAGAGAAUAUUUAUGUGAUUUCACACCGUUCUGUGUUGUUUAAUUGAAUUUGAAGCCAUCGUUUGGAUUUUGGUGUGACAGCAGUUGAGCGUGGUUACUACCAGCUGCAAAUGCUGCAAACUAAAAACCGCCUGAUUAGUCUAUUAGGAAGGAUCAUAAUUAUUCCGGUCGGCAAGUAAGUUAUUCAGCACCUUACCCUGACAAACUCCCCCAGCAGCACUGGUUACGGUAGACUGCACACAUUUAUAAUUAACACACUUGACUCAGCAACUCAUUCACAUUGUAAUGCAGCUGUAUUUUACUUUCACUCUGGAUUCUACAGGAUUUGUGAGCAGGGACCGUAAUAUGUCUGAUAUUAGCAAACAUUGAUCCUUAAAGGUAGUUUUAACGUAGUCACCCAGAUCUUUUCCUUCUCAUUCACUAUUCAAUUAUUCUUAUUUUAUUUGCAACAGCAGAAAAGUUGUGAUCUACAUGUUUUGUUUUUUAUCUGUUGUUUAUAUGUUCCUAAUUGCUGUUUGUGUAUUUUAGGCUCUCUAAGGGAGUUCUCUGAUGCAGGGUUUGCAUUAAUGAUAUACUUGCUCUGCACACUAUUGAACCUUUUGUAUUUUUGUAUAUUUGAACAGUAAAUGUAUAUUUCACCAAACUGAUAGAAAUAAAUGUGUUUAAACUUUUAAACUAUCUGUUUGUGGGUGAAGGCAGGCUCACUCACAGGAGCCACAGCAGAGUAAUGACCCCAAGUCAUAAGUUUUGUUUUCUUUCACUUUCUGGCGCUUUGUUUUACAGGUGUACUACCUCAAAGGGCAUUAUGAAUUACAUGACACAUUUAGUAGAAACAAAUGCUUCUAUGUUCUCAUUUUAUUAUUUACAUGUUGACCGUAUAAAAACAAAAACACUCACUAUUAUGCCUGCACUUAUAUUGUAUGAAUAGGAGGACACUGCUUCUGCUCGUUUUACCAGGUCAUGGAUGUAGGAAGUACCCUCGACUUUAUUGUGAAGGCUCAAUGUUGUGCUUUGGUUUUGUUAUUAAGGAUAAUGUUGACACACAAAACUUGUGUGUUUUUGGCUCAUUAUGAAUCCUUGCCUGUACAUAGUUGUAUAAAGAAUUUCUAAACCCGUUAAAUAUUUUUUACUUACUUUUUAAAAUUUGAGUUCAAUAAAAUGAUAAAAUAUUUAAAAUA